CAUUCUACAAGGUAUAAAUACUGUCGGCGCUUUGAGGAUGGAGGCAUAAAAGUGAAAGCUGAGUAAGGUAGGAUAAACAGCAGAAGUGAGGUGCUUUCUUUACAUCCUGAAACAUGAUACUUAAGGUUGCCGUUGUCUUCGCUUUCGCAGCCCUUGCUGCAGCUCAGUACGGACAUCAUUAUCCCUCACAUGGGUAUGGAUAUGGUCAUGGCCAUGCAGGACCUUAUGACUAUCAUGCACCUCAACCCUACGAUUACGGUUACGAUGUAAAAGAUGAUUAUGGUAAUAAACAGUUCCGAAAGGAAAGCGGAGACGGCAAAGGAGCUGUAAAAGGAAGCUACGGAUACGUAGAUGCCCAUGGAAUCCAUCGUCAAGUAGACUAUGUUGCCGAUCAUCACGGUUUCAGAGCUCAAGUCAAAACCAAUGAACCAGGAACUGCCAAUCAGAAUCCCGCUGCUGUCGGAGUCCACUCAGCAGCUCCCCUCCAUGUCCCAGCACCAGUACCUCAUGCUCCAGUCUAUUCAGCUCCAGUUCAUUAUGCACCACUUCAUCACGCUGGCGCUCAUUAUGCUCCAUCUCAUGCUAUUCCAUAUAGGGUACCCAAAUAUUCCUACUACUGAACUGAAUUUCAAGGCUUUCCAAGAUUCCAGGAUAGUUCUCACAAAAUGACGAAUUCUUCAGAUGUAAAGAUGUCGCGUUCAACAUGGUUUACCUGAACGCUCAAUGGAUAUUCAGGGAUGGUGAAUGUGGUUCCGUUAUCAACAUAAAUGAAGGACGCUCCUUUGUUUUCAUUAUUUAUAGAAAUAUAUGCCAAGCUUUCGCUUUAUUUGUGGUAAUUAGAUGUAACGUAGUUGCUAAAGUUGUAUUAUUAUGCUGUAUAGAACUGCGUCACAUUUGUUGACCGCUGAUAUGUUUAAAUGUAUAAAAAUGAAUGAGAGUAUUUCUGUAAAUAAAGUAUGUUCAUGAUAUUUUAAA